GUCAAAACUAACAACGGGGGGAAAAAACAACACAUUUCCUUAUAUUAAGACAGUGUUUGCUUUAUUUAAUCCCUCCUCUUUAUUUUUGGUUUACGGAAACACCCGAGGACAUCCGAGUCAGCCGAACGAAAAUGAAACUAAAAGUAAACAAACGGUUAGCAGUUAGCAUGCUAGCUUAGCGAGGACUGUGAGGGUGUAACACGCGUCUUGCAGUGCGACGUUCCCACCAGAGGAAAAUGAGGGAAGUCGCAGCAUGUGGACUGGUAAUUCUCCUAUUCGACGGGGCGUUGUGUUUGGCGCUGUGGGUCGGACUCAUGCUGCUCAAGUGCCCCGGCUGUGGUGGACUCGCAGCAGUUUGGGCCUUCGGGGCAGCGAAGUGGGUCGCCCUCCAUUUGUUCACCUCCACGCUGACCGACGGAAAGCCGCCGGCGGUGCUGCGCAGGUUCUCGGCGCUCCUCUGCCUCCUCUCUCCCGUGUUUGAGAGCGGACAGCUCCUCAUGGCUCCUCCCUCGGCGGCGUCCACCUCGCUGUGUCCCAACCUCGGCACGCUGCUCCUGGGCGGCGCGUCCUCCUCGCUGGCCUGUGUGGUUUGGGAGGCGGGACUCUGCGGCGACGGGAAGGUCAAGAAGGAGCGACUGGACUCCAGACGGCUGCUUCUGAGGGUGCUGAAGUACUUUAAACCAGACGCUCUUUAUGUGAUCGCAGCUUUCAGCGCUCUCAUCCUCGGCGUCUACUGUGAUACAUACAUCCCGUUGUAUCAGGGGGAAGUCAUCGACAUGCUCAGCGGUCCUGUGCUGCAAACCAGCUUCUGUUACACGAUUGGACAGCUCGCUCUUUUCUCUCUCGGAAGCGCUCUGUUCUCGGGCUUGAGAGGAGGCAUGUUUAAGUGCGCUCUGGCCAGACUGAACAAAAGGCUGCAGCACCUCCUGUUUCACACCCUCCUGCAGCAGGAAGUGCACUUCUUCGACGAGAACAACGCAGGGCGCCUCACAUCCCACCUGCACUUCGACGUGGACCGGAUGGGUCGCACCGUGGCGCUGAACGCCAACGCCCUGCUCCGCAGCACGGUCAAAACCGUCCUCAUGCUCAACGUGAUGCUGCAGCUCUCCUGGGAGCUCACCGUGCUCACCUGCAUCGAGAUGCCGCUGUUGGCCGUCAUGCAGAACAAAUACAACGCCUUGUCCAUGAAGCUGAAGGAUCAGAUCCAGGAGUGCCAGGCGCAGAACAAAGACCUGGCGACUCAGACCAUCAGUAAGAUGCACACGGUCCGCAGCUUCAAGGCAGAGAAAGAUGAACUGAGGAGGUACGACGAGGCGGUGGAGCGGAUGUCGGCUCUGCAGAGAAAAUCAAGGAUCUACAGCUCAGCCUUCACCUUCAUACGGAGGCUUGUGGGUCUGGGGAUUAAAGUUUGGAUGUUGGUCGAGGCUCGCAGUCUCAUCUCGUCGGGUCGCCUCAGCAUCGGAGGUCUCGUGUCCUUUCUCUUGUACCAAAAGCCCAUGUCGUACAGUUUAAGGGAGAUUAUGUAUUCUGUGGGAGACACGGUGUCCUCAGUCGGAGUCAUCGACAAAGUGUUCAGUUAUCUGGACAGAAAACCAAAGUGUAAGCCGGCGGGAGGUUUAGCUCACAAGAAGCUGCAGGGGAGGAUCCUUUUCAAAAACGUCACCUUCACAUAUCCCUCAGCCUCUCAAGAUAAACCCGCUCUGAAGUCGGUUUCUCUGGAGCUGCAGCCUGGAAAGAUGACCGCUCUGGUGGGUCCGUCGGGCAGCGGGAAGACGUCCUGUGUGAGUCUCCUGAAGAGGCUGUACGAGCCUCAGGAGGGAGAGAUCCUGCUGGAUGGAGAACCGCUGCACCACUAUGAUCACAAAUACCUCCAUCAGAAGGUGACCUUGGUUUCCCAGAAUCCUUUGCUGUUCUCUGGUUCGCUGCGGUACAACAUUGAAUACGGCCUGAAGGACUGCAGCUUGGAGACGGUGACAGAAGCUGCAAAGAAAGCCAACGCACACAAGUUCAUCUCUGAGCUGGAGGACGAGUAUGACACGGAUAUAGGGGAAUGUGGCGGCAGACUCUCGGGCGGACAGCGGCAGUCCAUCGCCAUCGCCAGAGCUCUGGUUAGAGACCCUCAAGUGAUCGUACUGGACGAGGCCACCAGCAAACUGGACGUUGAAGCGCAGCAUGCUGUUCUGCAGGAGGUUCUGUCCUGCGGUCGGACGGUCCUGGUCGUGGCUCAUCAGCUGAAGACGGUGGAGAAGGCCGAUCACAUCAUCUUCAUGGAGAAAGCCCAGGUGGUGGAGGAGGGGACGCACCGAGAACUGAUGGCCAAGAGAGGACGCUACCAUCGUCUGAAAGAGGAGCUGUUCUCUGACUCUCAGUGAUUUGGAGUUUCACUGUUCAGACAAAAACGUUUAGUCUGCAAAAGAGGAUUUUAAAGUGUAAAAGCUCUUCAUGCACGGUGACUCGUAGUUCAGCAUCCAUCCUGAAAUGUUCAGUCUACUGAGGUGGACCUGAAAAAAUGGCUACUGAAUGACCACGAGGGUUCAGACUACUGAAAAGUCCGCACUCCAAACUGUUUAUGUAAAUUUCCACUGAGAGAAACUAAUUUAAUGCACACAAUGUUAGAUCUUACAAUUAAA